UUAUUCUAAAAAGUCAUGUUUUUUAAUUUUCUUUUGAUAACGAUACUUAUAGAGUUUGUCACUUUAAAAGCUGACAACAAUCAUCACCUUUAUUCAACUCCUGAUAAAUAUAAGAUAUUGAGAUUUUAUUCAGCACCAGAUAAAGAUGAAAUAUCUGGAAUUUAUUCAGCACAGAAAGAUCAGAAAACCUCUGGGAUUUAUAAUGAUCCAAAUAGUCAUGAAAUAUCCAUGAUUCAUGCAACAGAAGAUGAUAGUAAACUCUCAAACAAAAAAUCCAUGUUUAAUAUGAAGAAUCUGUAUAAUGUUAAAAAAAGUAUCCCUUCUAACAUAAAAAAGUUGAAAGCAAUUCCAAUUCAAAACAUGAGUUCAAAGCGUAGAAAUAAGUCACUCAGAACAGUUGCAGAGUCUGCAAAAAAUUAUUCUACAUGGAUAACAUGGCAAAUGAGAAACCAAAAAAGAAACAACUCAAAGUCAUAUUUGAGUUACUCUAAAAUAAAAAAAGAUAAUAUAAAACUUAAUUCACUAAAAAGAAUCUGUAACUUAAAUCCAUUAAGGAACAUGCAAGGCAUAUCAAAUGAAUUUAUGAAUGAUCAUACAGAUAUUAGACAGGAAAAAAAACAGAAGAAAAUUGAGAAACUUGGAAAGUAUUGUGAAUUAAUGAUGCAAAAAUUUAACAACUUUAAAAAAAUGUCUUGGCCAGUUGAGAAAGCAUAUAAAAAAAAAAGUUCUGUUAGAAAAAUAUAUACAAAAAGUUUAGAUAAACAAAUAUCAAGUAAAAACGAUAUUAAAGGCAGUAGAAAAAGUGACGUUGAAGAAGGUUUGGAAAAUGCAAAUGAAGUGUUAAACAAAAUUUAUAAGGAACCUAACAUACAGUUAGAGCCAAUAACUUAUGGCGAUAAUGAGAACUUUGAAAAUUAUGCAGCUGAGUUUAAAAAUCCAUAUGACAUCGAUAAUUUAGCAUAUGCUUGUGAUUUAAAAGACCCAAAAAUAAAGGAUUGGUACUCUAAAUUUUGUGAGAAAAUUAUUGGAAACAAUUUUAACGAUGGAAAUGAACACUUUUAUAAUGAAAAAUGGAAACCCAAUCACGCUAAAGUAUGUAAAUAUAUUGCAGAGCGAUAUAAAUCUGCAGGACUCAGCCAGGAUCAGCUUUAUACAGAUUCAAUUUUAACUCCGUGUGAUGAUAUAAACUAUUUAAUGUACAGUAAAUAUGGAGACAAUACUUUAAUGUACAAUAGCCAUGAAGACAAUGCGUAUUUUAAUGGUAAUAAUAAUGAUGAAGCAAAUUAUUUAAUUGAACCUUUGAAUUCUCCAAUGGGCAUAAAAAAUAUUGAAAAGGAUGGUUUGUUAAAUUCUUUAAUACAUUUGAAAGAAUCAGAAAAAGGUACAUAUGAUCAGGUUGGCCUUAAAGCUCAUAAUAUUUUUCGCAAAAUUCAUGGUGUUGCUGAUUUGUUAAUUGAUACUCAGCUAACUACUAUUGCACAAAAACAAGCUACUUAUUUAGCAAGUAUUCAAACAUUAAAACCUGAUUUAGUCACAGAUGAAGGAAGUAAUGUGGCAUAUGGAUGUUAUUCAGAUGAAAGUGAUAUUAGUACAACAGAAGCAGUAAUAAAAUGGUACUUUGAAGUGUGCAAAUCACAAUAUGUCUUUGGAACCGAGGGAUCAUCGGAAAACAAACAUUUUACACAAUUAGUGUGGAGAAGCAGCAAGUAUUUUGGUAUGGGAAAAGCAGUUUCUAAGAAAAAUGGUUUAUUUUGUACUUAUAUUGUUGCACUUUACAAACCCCGAGGAAAUAUUAUGUCACAAUAUAAAGAAAAUGUUUUACCUGGAUUAUUUCAGUUUAAUAAUCCAUGCAAUAAACUAGAAAGUUUAUUAGCCCAAAGUAAAAAUUUGAACUAUGUUUCUAUUAUAAAUGAUUAUCAAGUGAUAGAUGAAAGUGGCAAGGAAUCAAAUGCAAUUAGAAUUGAAGAAAAUGAUCAAGUAACAUUUUUUCAACAAGGAUUACAGUUGCACAAUAUUUUUCGUAAGAUUCAUGGUGUUGCUGAUUUGCAAUUGGAUAUGGAGUUAUCUGAAAAUGCAAAGAAAUAUGCUGCUAAGUUAGCAAUAUUGCAAGUGUUGAAACCUUCAAACAUUAAAGAUGAAGGAGAAAACCUGGCAUACAAAUGUGACAAAAAGGAAAUGACUGCAGAAGAUGCUGUUAAAGAAUGGUACUCUGAAGUGUGCAAACAUAGUUAUAAUUUUAGUGGUGAGGGUUCUCAGAACACUGUACAUUUUACCCAAGUGGUAUGGAAAAGUAGCACUUAUUUUGGAAUGGGAAAAGCAACUUUUAAAAAAGAUGACUUGAUAUGCACUUACAUUGUUGCCCGAUAUAGACCACGCGGAAACAUAGUUUUCAAAUACAAAGAAAAUGUAGUAGCUGGUUUCUUUGAUUCAGCCAGAACAUGCAGCAAUUUAGACAGUUAUGCAAGUAGUGUGAUGCAGGUCAGUGGUUUUAACGGGGUUGGUGGCAUAGCAGUAGGUAAUUCUGCAACUAUCACAUUCGAUAGUCAAACUGGUGAUGGCUCAUUAAACUUACUUGGAAAGCAAAAUGAUUUAAAUACUAAUCAGUUUGAUCAAGUAGGGUUGAAAGCUCACAAUAUAUUUCGCAAAAUCCACGAGGUUCCUGAAUUACAGUUGAAUGCAGAGUUGUCUGCAUCUGCCCAGAAAUAUGCUUUGUAUUUAUCUGAUAUUCAAACCUUGCAACAUUCAAAUAUUGCAGGGGAAGGAGAAAAUUUAGGUUUUCAAUGUUUCUCUGACGAAAAGGAAGCGUCUGCAGCAAACAUGGUGAAGGACUGGUACUCUGAAGUGUGCAAACAUAAUUACAAUUUUGGUGGUGAGGGUUCUCAAGACACAGCACAUUUUACCCAAGUAGUAUGGAAAAGUAGCAUCUAUUUUGGAAUGGGAACUGCAACAUCCAAAAAAGACGGCAUGAUAUGCACUUACUUUGUUGCUCGAUAUAUACCUAGAGGAAACAUAGAUUCUGAAUACAAAAACAAUGUGCUAAGCGGUUCCUUUAGUUCAACAAGAACAUGCAAUAAUUUAGACAACAUAGCUGGUAGUACAAAACAUGUCAGUGGUUUCACAAGGGUUGCUGAAUUAGAAGAAGGUGAUGGCACAUUAAACUCACUUGGAAAUCAAAAUGAUUUAAAUGCUAACGAAUUCGAUCAAGUGGGGUUGAGAGCUCACAAUGUAUUUCGCAAAAUCCACAACGUUCCUGAGUUACAGUUGAAUGCCGAGUUGUCUGCGUCUGCCCAGAAGUAUGCUGUGUAUUUAUCUGGUAUUAAAAGGUUGGAGCACUCAAAUGUUGCAGACCAAGGAGAAAAUUUAGGCUUUGAAUGUCUCUCUGGCGAACAGGAAGCGUCUGCAGCAAACAUGGUGAAGGACUGGUACUCUGAAGUGUGCAAACAUAAUUACAAUUUUGGUGGUGAGGGUUCUCUGAACACUGCACAUUUUACCCAAGUGGUGUGGAAAAGUAGCACCUUAUUGGGAAUGGGUAAAGCAACUUCAGAGAAAGACGGCCUGAUAUGCACUUACUUUGUUGCCCUAUAUAAACCGCGCGGUAACAUGGUUUCCGAAUACAAAGAAAACGUGCUAGCUGGUUCUUUUGAUUCAAGCAGUACGUGCAGCAAUUUAGAGAGUUUGGCAAGUAGUGCGAUGCAGGUCAGUAGUUCAGUUGGGGUUGCUGGCAUAACAGCUGGUGAUUCUGCAACUAGCACAUUGGAUAGUCAAAACGGUGAUGGCACAUUAAACUCACUUGGAAAUCAAAAUGAUUUAAAUGCUAACGAAUUCGAUCAAGUGGGGUUGAGAGCUCACAAUGUAUUUCGCAAAAUCCACAACGUUCCUGAGUUACAGUUGAAUGCCGAGUUGUCUGCGUCUGCCCAAAAGUAUGCUGUGUAUUUAUCUGGUAUUAAAAGGUUGGAGCACUCAAAUGUUGCAGACCAAGGAGAAAAUUUAGGCUUUGAAUGUUUCUCUGGCGAACAGGAAGCGUCUGCAGCAAACAUGGUGAAGGACUGGUACUCUGAAGUGUGCAAACAUAAUUACAAUUUUGGUGGUGAGGGUUCUCUGAACACUGCACAUUUUACCCAAGUGGUGUGGAAAAGUAGCACCUUAUUGGGAAUGGGUAAAGCAACUUCAGAGAAAGACGGCCUGAUAUGCACUUACUUUGUUGCCCUAUAUAAACCGCGCGGUAACAUGGUUUCCGAAUACAAAGAAAACGUGCUAGCUGGUUCUUUUGAUUCAAGCAGUACGUGCAGCAAUUUAGAGAGUUUGGCAAGUAGUGCGAUGCAGGUCAGUAGUUCAGUUGGGGUUGCUGGCAUAACAGCUGGUGAUUCUGCAACUAGCACAUUGGAUAGUCAAAACGGUGAUGGCACAUUAAACUCACUUGGAAAUCAAAAUGAUUUAAAUGCUAACGAAUUCGAUCAAGUGGGGUUGAGAGCUCACAAUGUAUUUCGCAAAAUCCACAACGUUCCUGAGUUACAGUUGAAUGCCGAGUUGUCUGCGUCUGCCCAGAAGUAUGCUGUGUAUUUAUCUGGUAUUAAAAGGUUGGAGCACUUAAAUGUUGCAGACCAAGGAGAAAAUUUAGGCUUUGAAUGUCUCUCUGGCGAACAGGAAGCGUCUGCAGCAAACAUGGUGAAGGACUGGUACUCUGAAGUGUGCAAACAUAAUUACAAUUUUGGUGGUGAGGGUUCUCUGAACACUGCACAUUUUACCCAAGUGGUGUGGAAAAGUAGCACCUUAUUGGGAAUGGGUAAAGCAACUUCAGAGAAAGACGGCCUGAUAUGCACUUACUUUGUUGCCCUAUAUAAACCGCGCGGUAACAUGGUUUCCGAAUACAAAGAAAACGUGCUAGCUGGUUCUUUUGAUUCAAGCAGUACGUGCAGCAAUUUAGAGAGUUUGGCAAGUAGUGCGAUGCAGGUCAGUAGUUCAGUUGGGGUUGCUGGCAUAACAGCUGGUGAUUCUGCAACUAGCACAUUGGAUAGUCAAAACGGUGAUGGCACAUUAAACUCACUUGGAAAUCAAAAUGAUUUAAAUGCUAACGAAUUCGAUCAAGUGGGGUUGAGAGCUCACAAUGUAUUUCGCAAAAUCCACAACGUUCCUGAGUUACAGUUGAAUGCCGAGUUGUCUGCGUCUGCCCAGAAGUAUGCUGUGUAUUUAUCUGGUAUUAAAAGGUUGGAGCACUCAAAUGUUGCAAACCAAGGAGAAAAUUUAGGCUUUGAAUGUCUCUCUGGCGAACAGGAAGCGUCUGCAGCAAACAUGGUGAAGGACUGGUACUCUGAAGUGUGCAAACAUAAUUACAAUUUUGGUGGUGAGGGUUCUCUGAACACUGCACAUUUUACCCAAGUGGUGUGGAAAAGUAGCACCUUAUUGGGAAUGGGUAAAGCAACUUCAGAGAAAGACGGCCUGAUAUGCACUUACUUUGUUGCCCUAUAUAAACCGCGCGGUAACAUGGUUUCCGAAUACAAAGAAAACGUGCUAGCUGGUUCUUUUGAUUCAAGCAGUACGUGCAGCAAUUUAGAGAGUUUGGCAAGUAGUGCGAUGCAGGUCAGUAGUUCAGUUGGGGUUGCUGGCAUAACAGCUGGUGAUUCUGCAACUAGCACAUUGGAUAGUCAAAAUGGUAAUGGCACAUUAAACUCACUUGGAAAUCAAAAUGAUUUAAAUGCUAACGAAUUCGAUCAAGUGGGGUUGAGAGCUCACAAUGUAUUUCGCAAAAUCCACAACGUUCCUGAGUUACAGUUGAAUGCCGAGUUGUCUGCGUCUGCCCAGAAGUAUGCUGUGUAUUUAUCUGGUAUUAAAAGGUUGGAGCACUCAAAUGUUGCAGACCAAGGAGAAAAUUUAGGCUUUGAAUGUCUCUCUGGCGAACAGGAAGCGUCUGCAGCAAACAUGGUGAAGGACUGGUACUCUGAAGUGUGCAAACAUAAUUACAAUUUUGGUGGUGAGGGUUCUCUGAACACUGCACAUUUUACCCAAGUGGUGUGGAAAAGUAGCACCUUAUUGGGAAUGGGUAAAGCAACUUCAGAGAAAGACGGCCUGAUAUGCACUUACUUUGUUGCCCUAUAUAAACCGCGCGGUAACAUGGUUUCCGAAUACAAAGAAAACGUGCUAGCUGGUUCUUUUGAUUCAAGCAGUACGUGCAGCAAUUUAGAGAGUUUGGCAAGUAGUUCGAUGCAGGUCAGUAGUUCAGUUGGGGUUGCUGGCAUAACAGCUGGUGAUUCUGCAACUAGCACAUUGGAUAGUCAAAACGGUGAUGGCACAUUAAACUCACUUGGAAAUCAAAAUGAUUUAAAUGCUAACGAAUUCGAUCAAGUGGGGUUGAGAGCUCACAAUGUAUUUCGCAAAAUCCACAACGUUCCUGAGUUACAGUUGAAUGCCGAGUUGUCUGCGUCUGCCCAGAAGUAUGCUGUGUAUUUAUCUGGUAUUAAAAGGUUGGAGCACUCAAAUGUUGCAGACCAAGGAGAAAAUUUAGGCUUUGAAUGUCUCUCUGGCGAACAGGAAGCGUCUGCAGCAAACAUGGUGAAGGACUGGUACUCUGAAGUGUGCAAACAUAGUUACAAUUUUGGUGGUGAGGGUUCUCAGAACACUGCACAUUUUACCCAAGUGGUGUGGAAAAGUAGCACCUUAUUUGGAAUGGGUAAAGCGACUUCAGAGAAAGACGGCUUGAUAUGCACUUACUUUGUUGCGCGAUAUAAGCCGCGAGGCAACAUAGUUUCCAAAUACAAAGAAAACGUGCUAGCUGGUUCUUUUGAUUCAAGCAGUACGUGCAGCAAUUUAGAGAGUUUAGCAAGUAGUGUGAUGCAGGUCAGUAGUUCCAAUUGGGUUGCUGGCAUAGCAGCUGGUGAUACUGCAACUGGCACAUUGGAUAGUCAAAACGGUGGUGGCACAUUAAACUCACUUGGAACACGAAUUGAUUUAAAUGCUAACGAAUUCGAUCAAGUGGCGCUGAGAGCUCACAAUGUAUUUCGCAAAAUCCACAACGUUCCUUCGUUACAGUUGAAUGCCGAGUUGUCUGCAUCUGCCCAGAAGUAUGCUGUGUAUUUAUCUGGUAUUCAAAGGUUGCAGCACUCAAAUGUUGCAGACCAAGGAGAAAAUUUAGGCUUUGAAUGUCUCUCUGGCGAACAGGAAGCGUCUGCAGCAGACAUGGUGAAGAAGUGGUACUCUGAAGUGUGCAAACAUAGUUACAAUUUUGGUGGUGAGGGUUCUCAGAACACUGCACAUUUUACCCAAGUGGUGUGGAAAAGUAGCACCUUAUUUGGAAUGGGUAAAGCGACUUCAGAGAAAGACGGCUUGAUAUGCACUUACUUUGUUGCGCGAUAUAAGCCGCGAGGCAACAUAGUUUCCAAAUACAAAGAAAACGUGCUAGCUGGUUCUUUUGAUUCAAGCAGUACGUGCAGCAAUUUAGAGAGUUUAGCAAGUAGUGUGAUGCAGGUCAGUAGUUCCAAUUGGGUUGCUGGCAUAGCAGCUGGUGAUACUGCAACUGGCACAUUGGAUAGUCAAAACGGUGGUGGCACAUUAAACUCACUUGGAACACGAAUUGAUUUAAAUGCUAACGAAUUCGAUCAAGUGGCGCUGAGAGCUCACAAUGUAUUUCGCAAAAUCCACAACGUUCCUUCGUUACAGUUGAAUGCCGAGUUGUCUGCAUCUGCCCAGAAGUAUGCUGUGUAUUUAUCUGGUAUUCAAAGGUUGCAGCACUCAAAUGUUGCAGACCAAGGAGAAAAUUUAGGCUUUGAAUGUCUCUCUGGCGAACAGGAAGCGUCUGCAGCAGACAUGGUGAAGAAGUGGUACUCUGAAGUGUGCAAACAUAGUUACAAUUUUGGUGGUGAGGGUUCUCAGAACACUGCACAUUUUACCCAAGUGGUGUGGAAAAGUAGCACCUUAUUUGGAAUGGGUAAAGCGACUUCAGAGAAAGACGGCUUGAUAUGCACUUACUUUGUUGCGCGAUAUAAGCCGCGAGGCAACAUAGUUUCCAAAUACAAAGAAAACGUGCUAGCUGGUUCUUUUGAUUCAAGCAGUACGUGCAGCAAUUUAGAGAGUUUAGCAAGUAGUGUGAUGCAGGUCAGUAGUUCCAAUUGGGUUGCUGGCAUAGCAGCUGGUGAUACUGCAACUGGCACAUUGGAUAGUCAAAACGGUGGUGGCACAUUAAACUCACUUGGAACACGAAUUGAUUUAAAUGCUAACGAAUUCGAUCAAGUGGCGCUGAGAGCUCACAAUGUAUUUCGCAAAAUCCACAACGUUCCUUCGUUACAGUUGAAUGCCGAGUUGUCUGCAUCUGCCCAGAAGUAUGCUGUGUAUUUAUCUGGUAUUCAAAGGUUGCAGCACUCAAAUGUUGCAGACCAAGGAGAAAAUUUAGGCUUUGAAUGUCUCUCUGGCGAACAGGAAGCGUCUGCAGCAGACAUGGUGAAGAAGUGGUACUCUGAAGUGUGCAAACAUAGUUACAAUUUUGGUGGUGAGGGUUCUCAGAACACUGCACAUUUUACCCAAGUGGUGUGGAAAAGUAGCACCUUAUUUGGAAUGGGUAAAGCGACUUCAGAGAAAGACGGCUUGAUAUGCACUUACUUUGUUGCGCGAUAUAAGCCGCGAGGCAACAUAGUUUCCAAAUACAAAGAAAACGUGCUAGCUGGUUCUUUUGAUUCAAGCAGUACGUGCAGCAAUUUAGAGAGUUUAGCAAGUAGUGUGAUGCAGGUCAGUAGUUCCAAUUGGGUUGCUGGCAUAGCAGCUGGUGAUACUGCAACUGGCACAUUGGAUAGUCAAAACGGUGGUGGCACAUUAAACUCACUUGGAACACGAAUUGAUUUAAAUGCUAACGAAUUCGAUCAAGUGGCGCUGAGAGCUCACAAUGUAUUUCGCAAAAUCCACAACGUUCCUUCGUUACAGUUGAAUGCCGAGUUGUCUGCAUCUGCCCAGAAGUAUGCUGUGUAUUUAUCUGGUAUUCAAAGGUUGCAGCACUCAAAUGUUGCAGACCAAGGAGAAAAUUUAGGCUUUGAAUGUCUCUCUGGCGAACAGGAAGCGUCUGCAGCAGACAUGGUGAAGAAGUGGUACUCUGAAGUGUGCAAACAUAGUUACAAUUUUGGUGGUGAGGGUUCUCAGAACACUGCACAUUUUACCCAAGUGGUGUGGAAAAGUAGCACCUUAUUUGGAAUGGGUAAAGCGACUUCAGAGAAAGACGGCUUGAUAUGCACUUACUUUGUUGCGCGAUAUAAGCCGCGAGGCAACAUAGUUUCCAAAUACAAAGAAAACGUGCUAGCUGGUUCUUUUGAUUCAAGCAGUACGUGCAGCAAUUUAGAGAGUUUAGCAAGUAGUGUGAUGCAGGUCAGUAGUUCCAAUUGGGUUGCUGGCAUAGCAGCUGGUGAUACUGCAACUGGCACAUUGGAUAGUCAAAACGGUGGUGGCACAUUAAACUCACUUGGAACACGAAUUGAUUUAAAUGCUAACGAAUUCGAUCAAGUGGCGCUGAGAGCUCACAAUGUAUUUCGCAAAAUCCACAACGUUCCUUCGUUACAGUUGAAUGCCGAGUUGUCUGCAUCUGCCCAGAAGUAUGCUGUGUAUUUAUCUGGUAUUCAAAGGUUGCAGCACUCAAAUGUUGCAGACCAAGGAGAAAAUUUAGGCUUUGAAUGUCUCUCUGGCGAACAGGAAGCGUCUGCAGCAGACAUGGUGAAGAAGUGGUACUCUGAAGUGUGCAAACAUAGUUACAAUUUUGGUGGUGAGGGUUCUCAGAACACUGCACAUUUUACCCAAGUGGUGUGGAAAAGUAGCACCUUAUUUGGAAUGGGUAAAGCGACUUCAGAGAAAGACGGCUUGAUAUGCACUUACUUUGUUGCGCGAUAUAAGCCGCGAGGCAACAUAGUUUCCAAAUACAAAGAAAACGUGCUAGCUGGUUCUUUUGAUUCAAGCAGUACGUGCAGCAAUUUAGAGAGUUUAGCAAGUAGUGUGAUGCAGGUCAGUAGUUCCAAUUGGGUUGCUGGCAUAGCAGCUGGUGAUACUGCAACUGGCACAUUGGAUAGUCAAAACGGUGGUGGCACAUUAAACUCACUUGGAACACGAAUUGAUUUAAAUGCUAACGAAUUCGAUCAAGUGGCGCUGAGAGCUCACAAUGUAUUUCGCAAAAUCCACAACGUUCCUUCGUUACAGUUGAAUGCCGAGUUGUCUGCAUCUGCCCAGAAGUAUGCUGUGUAUUUAUCUGGUAUUCAAAGGUUGCAGCACUCAAAUGUUGCAGACCAAGGAGAAAAUUUAGGCUUUGAAUGUCUCUCUGGCGAACAGGAAGCGUCUGCAGCAGACAUGGUGAAGAAGUGGUACUCUGAAGUGUGCAAACAUAGUUACAAUUUUGGUGGUGAGGGUUCUCAGAACACUGCACAUUUUACCCAAGUGGUGUGGAAAAGUAGCACCUUAUUUGGAAUGGGUAAAGCGACUUCAGAGAAAGACGGCUUGAUAUGCACUUACUUUGUUGCGCGAUAUAAGCCGCGAGGCAACAUAGUUUCCAAAUACAAAGAAAACGUGCUAGCUGGUUCUUUUGAUUCAAGCAGUACGUGCAGCAAUUUAGAGAGUUUAGCAAGUAGUGUGAUGCAGGUCAGUAGUUCCAAUUGGGUUGCUGGCAUAGCAGCUGGUGAUACUGCAACUGGCACAUUGGAUAGUCAAAACGGUGGUGGCACAUUAAACUCACUUGGAACACGAAUUGAUUUAAAUGCUAACGAAUUCGAUCAAGUUGGUUUGAGGGCUCAUAAUGUUUUUCGUAAAAUUCAUGGUGUUUCGGAUCUUCAUUUAAGUGCUGAGUUAUCUCUUUCAGCUCAAAGAUAUGCUUUUUAUUUGUCUACUAUUGGUCGUUUAGAGCACUCAAAUAAUCUAGACUUAGGUGAAAAUUUAGCUUACCAAUGUUUCUCUGAUAAAAAGUUUGUUUCUGCUACAGUCUUUGUGAAGGAUUGGUAUUCUGAAGUUUGCAAUAAAGAGUAUGAGUUUGGUAGUGAGGGUUCUCCGGACACUUCACAUUUCACUCAAGUCAUCUGGAGCGAAAGUACUUCUCUUGGUAUGGGUAAAGCCACUUUAGAAUUAAAUGGAAUGAGUUGCGUUUAUGUUGUUGCUCGAUAUAAGCCAAGAGGGAAUGUUGCAUCUCAGUAUGCUUCUAAUGUUUUGCGGGGAACGUUUAACUUUAAAGAUACUUGUAAAUCCUUAGAUUCUUUGUUAACUGGUUUAGAUAUAGGUAGUACUGUUGAAUCUAAUGUGUAUAAAGUGCCACUUGAUUUUUCGAUUGGUGGAAAUAAUGAACUAAUGGAAAAAGAGAAUCCUAUUUCUGUUACAAUUGAAAAAGAAUCAUUAAACCAAGUAAUGGCGGAUGCUCUUAACGAUAAUUUAUUAUUUUCCAAGUCUUUAAAUGAAAAGAAUUUCAAAAGUUUUAGAAAAUCUGUUUCUGAUUCAGAUGCAAAUUUACGUUCUUUAAAAAGCGCAAGAAAAAAUAAAAUAAAAGUGAAAGAAAUGUUCGACAACGUUAAUGGCUUUCUUAAAACAAACUCGAAAAAAAGAAAACUCAAUAGAAUUCGGAUUAGCAAAAAAUAUAAAAAACGGUAUUAUCUAUAAACAAUGUUUAAACCGAAAACUAUAAAGUAAAGAAAUUUAUUUAAAGUUAUUUUUUUAAUUCAUUUAAAGUUUAAUUCCUAUCUAGAACUACGUGUUAAUAAUAUUUAUUAUUAGUAAUGCUCGAAGUUGGAAAAAAGAUAACGGGAUGGUUUUUAGUAAGUUCAAAAUGCUGUCUCGUUUAGUCAUUGUUCAAGUAAGAUUUAAAAGAUGACUGGGUCGUUUAUACUUUGUAAAGAAACGCUUACUAUACAACGAUUAUUAGAAUUGCAAACAAACUAGAUGAUACAAUGAAGUUUAUAUUUAUAUAGAUUAUGGAGAGUUUAUGAUUGGAUAGACUAUGGAGUUCAUGAUUGCA